UCUGACCUCUCUCACCCCAAUCCUCACGCGGUACACGUAGCUUUCGCUGAAUGGUCGGAACCCUGAGCUUCAAUUCAACCAAGAGAGAUUGAGAGAGUUUGUGGGAUCUGAAGGUAAAAGAAAGAAGCAAAGAGGCUUGGAGGUGAUUUGAAAACAUGGCACUGGUUUCAGGAGGAAGGUCAACACUGAACCCCAACGCCCCUCUCUUCAUUCCUGCUGCUUUCCGGCGAGUGGAGGAUUUCUCUCCGGAAUGGUGGCAACUGGUCACAACCUCAACAUCGUACCAUGACUAUUGGCUCAGCCAGCACCAGGGUGAGGAUGGUUUCUAUGAAAAUGGUGAUCAGGAUGACAUUAAUGGCGUCAAUCUUGCUGAUUUGCUGCCAGAGGCUUUCGAAUUUGAUGAUGAUGGUGAUGAUUUUUCAAACAUGGAAACUCAGUUUGAGGAGUUUCUCCAAUUUUCUGAAAAUAAAGUGAUGAAGAAUCAGAAAUCUUUGGAGGAAAGGGAUCAUCCCAAGUAACUUGACAACUUCUACCUUUUCGCUUUCUGCAACUCUUGCAUUGAUCCUAGCUUGCUCAUUCUCGUGUAAUUUGUUCAGUUUACUGUUAGCUUACCAGACAAAAAUCAUUUUGGAAAAGAAAAUGUAAAAAACUUCACUAAUGAAAAAAGAAAGAAAAAAGAGCUUCUGUUCGUCAGGAAAUGGAAUUGUUUAUUGCUCUUACA